AUGCACUUAACUCUUGGUCAAGAAGACACCGAAACAGUCGAACUGCCAGAAAAACUACCCUCUCCCCUACCCUCACCCUUGGACGAUUGCGAUCCGGAGAUGGUGGGUUUCGAGCUGGUCACCGGAAACGUUUUUUCCGCUCCGGGUAGCGUGCUGGACUCCAUUCCGGGCACGCUGAUGCUGACGGAUUGCUUGGAGACCUGUCAAGGCAACGAGUCUUGUCAGUCUGUCAACUACGAGACAGGAUUGUGCGUUUUGUUCAGCUCCAAUGCUGAUGCUUUGCCAGGUGCUCUGACCAAAUCCCAGUUCCCCGUCUUCACAAUCUAUGCGCAGAAAAGCUGCCUGGGGGUGAAACCUUGCGAGAGAGCCUGAUCUGCCAACUUCAACAACUCCACUGGUACUUGUGAACUCUCCAACAUGGACAGAAUAACUUUGGCAGGCAGCAACGCUUUCCAAGCUGCUAAUGGCUACGACUACAUCGAAAACAAUUGCAUCGAAGAGCCUACUAAGCUGUGCGAAUUCAAGAAACUCAACGGCAGGAUACUGAAAACGGUGGACUCGGUAUAUCAGGAUGUGGGGUCGGUGGACGAAUGUCGCGAAUUGUGCCUCAAUUCCCCCUACAGAUGUCACUCUUAUGACUACGGUGAUACAGGCGAGAUGGUUUGCAGACUCAGUCAUCACUCUAGAGCCACAUUAUCUGACAUUCAGGAACCCUACUUGGAGGUACCCGAAGCAUCUACUUACGAGCUCAGUUCUUGCUACAACGUCAGCAUCGAAUGCAGAUCAGGAGACAUGAUUGCCCGUAUCCAAACCAGCAAAUUAUUCGACGGCAAAAUUUAUGCCAAGGGCAGUCCGAAUUCGUGUGUCAGAGACCAUCACGACAAAAUAGUGACGAGCAGUGAUUUGGGAUUGGCUGUCACCUGUCAAUACGAUCUGACGAACAAAAGUGUGACUAAUGAGGUCGAUUUGGGGGUACACGGUGAUAUAAUGCCAGCAAUCUCUGAGGAAGUGACGGUUGACUCUCCGAAUGUCGCGAUGAAAAUCACAAAUAGAAAUGGAGAAGAUAUCAUGCAGUCUGCGGAAGUAGGAGAUCCUCUGGCUCUCAAAUUUGAAAUUAUGGACAAGAGCAGUCCCUACGAAAUUUUCGUGAGGGAAUUGGUGGCAAUGGACGGUGUGGAUUCCAGCGAAAUUGUACUCAUCGAUUCUGAUGGGUGUCCCACUGACCAUUUCAUCAUGGGACCCAUUUACAAGUCUGCCAACAUUGGGAAGGUCCUCUUAUCUCACUUCGACGCCUUCAAAUUCCCCUCGUCCGAAGUGGUCCAAUUCCGCGCCCUAGUCACACCCUGUAUGCCCCACUGCGAACCAGUCCAAUGCGACGAAGAAGAAUCCACAGGUGACCUGCGCAGCGUCAUCUCUUUCGGUAAGCGCAGACGCAGACGCUCGACCAAUCCCAACGAAGACCUGUUGCUCGUCCAGUCCAUCCAAAUCACCGACAAGUUCGGUUUCAACGGGGAAAACAACAGAACGGAAAGCGAAGCGGUGUUUAUUCCCGCCAACGCACCUUGCGUGAAUGUCGCAGGUUUGGUGGUUGCAGCUGCGGUUUUCUUGUCUGCGCAGCUGGUGGUGAUUGCUGCGUGGACUUUCAUUUGGCAGAGGAGGAGAUUGGGGGGGAAGAUUGAAGAUGGUGUUUCUGUGGCGCAAUCUUUGGGGCACGGACGCACUGACAGUCUGUGUAAGUUGUACGAAGGAAGCGGCUUUUCGCAUCAUAGGCGAUUUUAG